CAUAAAUCAAAUCCCAUAUAUCCACUUCUUCUGCUCGUUUGCAUUAAGCUCACUGCAACUGACUAAACUCAACAACAAGCUCAAACGAAAGGAAAAAAGAAAAUGGUGACUCUCUAUAGCUUAUCUUCAUCAUCAUCCACAUUUCUCUUCCCUCCUCUGAGUCUAAAACACCUCCAUAAUUACGUACCAAAGAGAUCCACAACCAGUCUUUACUUCAACGACAACAACAGACCUCUUUCAGCGACGUCUCUCCAGUCGCCGGAAUCCGACCCUUCAGUCUCCCCGGAGGUCCGGACCUUCUGGAAGUGGCUCCGAGAUGAAGGCGUUGUCUCGGCGAAGACGCCGGCGAGGCCGGCCGUGGUGCCGGAGGGCCUGGGACUGGUCGCGACGAGGGACAUCGCGCGAAACCACGUCGUUUUGGAGGUACCCAGGAGGCUGUGGAUAAACCCAGAUGCCGUCGCGGCAUCGGAGAUCGGGAAGGUGUGUAGUGGGCUCAAGCCGUGGAUCGCCGUUGCCCUGUUUUUGCUGAGAGAGAAGGCCAUGGAGGAUUCUAAGUGGAGGCUUUACUUUGAUGUUCUUCCCGAGAGUACUAACUCCACUGUGUUUUGGUCAGAAGAAGAGCUUUCUGAGCUUCAAGGAACCCAACUUUUGAGCACAACACUAGGAGUGAAAGAGUAUGUUGAGAAUGAGUUCAGAAAGGUGGAAGAAGAAGUUAUUCUCCCAAACAAGCGGCUUUUCCCUUCUCCUAUAACAAUGGAUGAUUUCUUUUGGGCAUUUGGGAUACUCAGAUCAAGGGCAUUUUCACGCCUCCGUAACCAAAACCUCGUUUUGAUCCCCGGUGUAGACCUGAUCAAUCACAGCUCCAAAGUAACCACAGAAGAUCAUGCACAUGAGGUCAAAGGACCAGCAGGUCUUUUCUCUUGGGACUAUUUGUUCUCUCUGAGAAGCCCACUCUCUGUCAAGGCUGGUGAGCAGGUUUUCAUACAAUAUGACAUAAACAAGAGUAAUGCUGAGUUCGCUUUGGACUAUGGAUUCAUAGAUUCCUUGGCGGAUCGUGACGCGUAUACACUAACACUAGGGAUAUCAGAAUCAGACCCUUUUUUUGAUGACAAACUGGACAUUGCUGAGACAAAUGGUUGGGGUGAGACGGCAUACUUCGAUAUCUUCUUGGACCGUCCACUUCCUCCUGGAAUGCUUACUUAUCUAAGACUGGUAGCUCUUGGAGGAACCGACGCUUUUCUCUUGGAAAGCAUCUUCAGAAACUCUGCGUGGGGCCAUCUUGAGCUGCCUGUAAGCCGUGCCAAUGAAGAGCUCAUAUGCCGAGUGGUCAGAGACGCCUGCAAAUCCGCUCUUUCUGCUUAUAGCACCACCAUUGAAGAGGAUGAGAAGUUCAAAGGAGAAGAAUUGGAUCCAAGGCUUGAGAUUGCUGUUGGAAUAAGGCAAGGGGAGAAAAAGGUGCUGCAACACAUUGAUGGGAUUUUCAAGGAGAGAGAAUUGGAGUUGGAUUUAUUGGAGUAUUAUCAAGAGAGAAGGCUCAAGGAACUUGGUCUUUGUGGAGAACAAGGAGAGAUCAUCUUCUGGGAGCCCAAGUAGGCCAAAAUCAAACUGAUCAUAUGUUGCUUGAGGAAUCCAGCAAAACAACUUCUUGUUUCUGCAGAAAAUAAGCUCUCCACUGAGAUUUGUGAUCUAUCUAUCUUCAUCAACUGAAUUUCCACUGUCCAUCUUUUCCGUCAUUUUUCAUGUACAACGAGAGCAAGAUAUGUAAUGUGGAGCUACAGUUUCGAACAUGUGAGCGCCGAGCCAUCGUUAAUGUCGUACACCAUAGCGAUGAUUCGUACAAGUGUAUGUACCGACAUUAAAUGAUUUCAGCAUUUCUAUGACCUUGAAUUAUGCUAUGUGCACAACAGUUUAGCACAUAAAUCUUUCUAGUUUCUACGGUUCACUCUGCACAAGCAGUUGAUCACGCACCUUCUGGAUUUUUGAAUUUCCUUGCACCAUUCGGCAAGGAUAGCUUAUGCACGCAUAAAGAUCUGUCUGCUUUACUGGUCUUUCUUUUUUUUUUUUUUUUUGUCAUUUGAUUUUACAUUUCUUGUAGCUUCCCAACGCAUCUGUUUAAUGCAUGGUGUGAACAGAGAAGUGAUCCAAGUGAAUGCACGGGAGGAGAUAUUUUGGUAGUG